CUUCAUCUUCUGGCCUGGUCAAUACAACGCCGCAAUGUCUUACAAGUCUUCGUUCUCUGGUAAUAAUCGGGGUGGCUUCGCUCCACGAAAAGGCCGUGGCGGAUGGGGUCGCCCGUUUGCAAAGCCCAGAGAGCCUGUCAAGCCUGACAUCGAGAAAUAUCCCCUUGGAAAGCUGCUUCAAACUCUCCAAGCUUCAGAUCUAAUACCCGAACAGAACGGCUUGUCUCACAAGGCGGCGAUUACUGAUUGUCAAUACAUCGCAUCCUACAACUGGCUCAACAACAGCACUCCUACAAUUAUUGUGCCAGGCAAACCCGCUCAAUGGACUCCUCUCCAAGACCCACCACGUUUGAAGGAAGACAGCGGACAGUACUUCCGAGAUCCAAACGCUGCGAGAUAUCCUGACUUCCCUAUGGCGCCUGUUGUGCAUGCCAUUCUAGGGAGCGAUCCCGACUAUUGCCCUACACGCGUUAAUCUGUUCGCCUGCGGGAGUACGCUAGGCAACCUACUUCGCUUUGUCCGUGGAAUGGACAAAGCCUUCCGCUUCAACAUCGAGGUCAUCGGCAAUACCGUCUUCUUCGUUCGCAAAGAGAAUGACCCCAAGGAGAUUAUAAUGGACGUUCAUGGUUUCGGGCAUUCCUUUCCCGAGGCAUAUACAACUUGGGACAACGAGGUCAAGGGUUCUGAGACGCAUCAGCGUAUUGUACAAUACACAUUCGGAGACCUCAAGUGCCUAGUGCGCUUUGAAUGCGAUGGCUAUAUCAAGCCUGACGGUCGGACUAGCAACCACAAGUCUCCAACCAAAUCCUCCAACCGCCACACAUCAAGCAGUACGGAAGACGAAGAUGACCUUCUCAAAGCCCUCCUAGGUACUGCCGUAAGCCAAACUCUACAUGCAACGACCAAUGGGUCUGAUACCAUCAUAAUCAAGCAUGGUGGUUCUGAAGUUCCGCAAAACUCCGUCUUCGAUUUGAAGACCCGUUCUAUACGGUCUAAAUGGGGUAUUGACAUGAAUGAAGUAUAUCCACUGCUAUGGUUGAAGCAAAUUCCCAACUUUAUUGCAGCCUACCACGAUGGGAACGGCCUAUUCCAAGACAUCAGAGUGCAAGAUGUGCGCGAAGACGUUCAGAAAUGGGAGAAAGAUAAUGUCGACGCUAUUCACCGCUUGUCCAUACUUCUCGGAAAGAUCAUCGAGAUGGCAAAGGAAGACGCAAGAGGACUUCUGGAGGUAUAUUAUACUGGUACGGGUGGACUUGAGGUUCGAAGCCAGUAUGGCGAAGGUACACAUGCGUUACCAGUCGAACUGAUGAAUAAAUGGGCGGACAACGAGACCCCGCUCGAAAUUCCUGAUUCCGAUGAGUCAGAUGAUGCUGCGUUUGACUUUGAUGAUGCACACAGUUCAAAACAGGGCUGGAAGCUAGACUGGGAGGAAGAAGAGCCGGAUUACACCGCCUGCUCCGCUGAAGACUGUGGAUAUUGUGGAACAUGCACGUACUAAAACUACCUGGCCGGCAUCACCACUCACACUAUGGUAAGAAUAUUCCAAUUUAUUCCUUUUCGUUUUUACAUAGGUAUUGCAAUCAAAGUUAUCUCUUUCGUGC